UCAUGCUAUGGAUAAGCUGUACUGUUCAUAAACGUUUGCAGUAUAGUCCUUCAAACUGCUUUAGUAUACUUUUAGAGACAACACGGGCCUUGACCUCCCACGACUUCAUAGUAAGAGCUAUUCCUUCUUGUAUAGCAUUUAUUUGUUUAGUGAUAGUGGCUGCGUUGCUUAGUCUACCUUUUAGAGCUAGAUUCUCUUUACUUUUUAGAAUAAUCAACAUUAAAAGUGAUCAAUUUCACCAUUUCUAUGUACAACACAUUGCAAGACAGGUAAUGAGCAUGCUGACUAUAAAUAUAAUCCUUUGUAGUUUUAGCCACACCCUAUAACGCGGAGUGUUUCACGCAAACAUUUUCGUUUCCAAUUCCCUUCCUUUUCAAUCUAUGGUUAAUGGGUGUUGUGGAAUGUUGUGGUUUAGUUUACUUCCUGUUAUUUGUACUUGUGUGCAGUGUUUUCAAUAUUUUUAGUUCUAUUUAAAAGCCAAGUCAAACCACUUAGUCUGUAGCUGUAUAGCUUAUGUAGCUUUCAGUACAAGCCUAGCUAUAAGUUACCACUGUACUGCACUUUAUCUAAAUUGCACUCAGGUUAUGUCAGUUAGCUCUAGCAGUGUAGAGUUUGGAGAAAACGGGAUCGCAUUAAGUGCAGUGACAGUCACCAUUUUUUCAUACUAUCCUGAUGUGCUGGCUAAAAGACUGAUCCCAAUUGAAGUGCCUUCAAGAAGGAAUGGUCUUCUACUGCAGCAGCUGGCUUUGACUACCCCCCAAAUGCCUAUGAAGUACAGCACUACAGUCAACCCAGUGCAGAGUUGGACUCGUGCAAAACCUACUAAGCCGCUUGAAGUAAAAGCAAAGGAACCCCCUCCUAACAAAGACAUCUCACCAACCUCGACGAUAACUAAAGCAUACAAGUGGACCAAUGUCAGUAGUAAUGGAAACACCAGACUUGUGUCAGCCUACUUAGAUGAGAGAACUCUGGGACAUCCGACAGUAUUUCUACUUGGUCUACACAAACAUACAGUACCCAAGGAAAAUUUCUAUUGUGCAUUUCAGUAUCCAAAUGGAACCAGUGUAUGCUUAAAAAGUUUGGCUACACAAGGAAAUCUGAAUAGAGGUGAUGAGAAAGUUGGCAAAGACAGCUGGGCCUUUGGUCUUAGAUGUGUUGUACCUUAUCCACUCCCGAUCAACGUAGCAGUGUCUCAAAACAAACAAUGCAAACCUCCUAAUGUGUCUAAUUGGAUUCACAUUUCGAGAAUUGAAUCUGACAAAUCUGUCAACUUUGGACUAUGCAUUGAAACUCCAAUGUUUGGCAAAAGUAUUCCAUUAAACAUGGUGAUUGAAGGAAUUGAACGCAACCUAGCGUUUGGAGCAGGAUGGAUAACUGUGUAUGUACAGGACAAAAACCCAGCUACAAUGAAAGUAUUGAGAGACUAUGAGAAACAAGGUAUUCUGGAGAUUGUGGAGUGGAAUUUAUCUCAAAAUGAUGCCUCUAAUUCACACUAUUACGCUGAGUCUGUAUGCAUCAACGACUGUCUCUAUAGAAACAUGUACAGGGCUAGGUACCUGAUAUUUACAGAUUUGGAUGAAAUCAUAGUGCCACAAACACACAGGAACUGGAGUGAAAUGAUGACGGCAAUUGAUCAGUCAAACACCUCGGCAUUUCUAUUUAGUCAUUCUUCAAGUAUGGAAUUGAAAGGAAAUAAAACAACACUACAGCAGUCCUAUUUGAAGAACUGGACAUGCGAUGGAAAAACCGAAAUAUCUAAAUACCCAUUACCCUUCUACAUAAAUCACAACUAUAGAACCCCACCCUUUCCUUACUUCAAGGAACAAAAAGCGACGAGACGGAAAACAAUAGUAAAACCAAUUUAUGUUCAGACAAUGGGAAUACACGCAUCAAAUUUUCGACUGAACAAAACACUUCAAAUCAUAGUGCCAUCUGAAAUAGGCCUUUUGAACCACUACAGGAAACCGCCACUAUGUCAAAGAUGUAAAGAUGUUUUACAGCAGAAUGAGCUUAUUAGUCAUCUAGUUCCUAGUUUAUUUACCCAAAUACGAAACAAGAUAUGUCAAUACAUUUGACACAAAAACUAUUACGAAAAUGUCACGUCAAAUUUUGCACUACAUGACGUGUAACUACAUGUAUCACUUAUAGUUUUCCAAGUUGGUAAAUAUACUUUUUUUAUUACUUCUCCAGUUCUGUCGUCAAGGAAACAGAACCACGCCUCUGUUCCAUUCCCAUCCCUGCUCGGCAGUGUGACCACAGCAUGGAGUAGGUCCAGCUCAUUCUCAUAAUCCAUAUCUUGGACUGCUGACUGUAUUUUAUAUAUCUUACAAUGCAAUGAAUUUGUUGAUGUACAUGCAUCUACCAUAAUUAUGAUAAUUAUGUCAA